AUGAGGGAUAAAUAUGGUGCAGAUAAAAGGAGCUGGUUAGUUAAUUUAUACAAUCAUCGAGAUCAUUGGGCUCCUGUGUAUCUUAAAGAUACUUUUACUGCAGGAAUGACAUCUACUCAGCGGAGUGAGGGAAUUAAUGCUUUUUUUGAUCACUUUGUUAAUUCCAAUACCGAGUUACAUGAUUUUGUUAAGCAAUAUGAUAAUGCUGUCAGAGCUCGACGAGCGGCCGAACUUGAGCAAGAUUUUAAGUCCACAAACACAAUUCCUACAUUGAUAAUUGAUCAUCCAAUUGAAAAACAAGCUAGGGAGAAUUAUACAAAGAAUAUGUUUACUAUCUUUCAGAAAGAACUCAAGGAUAGUUACUCAAUGCUUCAUGAGAGGUUGUCGAAGGAUGGCGCAAGUGUUACUUAUGCCGUUUGGAAUAUAGAUAGGGAGGCUGGAAGCAAGAAGGUAGAAAAGCAUCAUGUUGUCUUCGAUGCAUCCAAAGAAAAAAGAAUUAAGUGUUCUUGUGCAAGAUUUGAGAUGGAAGGAGUAGAUGCAACAAGGCACUAG